AUGUGUUUUGAAAUGCUACCUGAAUGUUUUGACUGGCCUGACUUCGCCCUCGGAGUUGAGAACGACGAGUGGUUCUGUUCACAUAGAGAUACGUCCGGGAAGUUGUUUAAAAUCGAAUCCGGUGUCGUUCGGUCAACUUUAAAGCUGUCAAGUGGCUCCAAGUGGACCUCCGAGCGGACCGACUCGUCUGAACGCAGCCAAGCCGAAAGGGGGACCAGGACCGCGGGGAGGGUCGGAGCCCAGAGCCGCUGCUGCCGCUGGUUCUGA